GGUAAGGCUGCAUCGGUCUUUCGCUCUGCACAACAAAGGAAAAAAUCGCCUACGCAAACACGUACUUCAGAGUGAAACUUUUCGCGAGCGUCCUCCGGUUUGCUUGUUGUCAAGAAAAGCUGAAAAGACUCUCGCAGCUCAGCCAGAGACGCCAAAUUGUCGUGGAAAUUAGACACAGUCGCUGACUCGUCCUCUGAAGGUCAAGCUGGACAGUAGACAGCGCAUCCCCGAGAGUCUCCUGGAGAUUCUGGAGCUGCUUUUUAAAAAUAUCGGCGAUGUCCUUCCUCAGUAAAGCCAGCAGCACGAGCCUGAGUGCGGUGAAGUCAAACAAAGGGUCCCUCCAGUUUGAGGACAAGUGGGAUCUGAUGCGUCCGAUUGUCCUGAAGUUACUUCGCCAGGAGUCUGUAACGAAGCAACAGUGGUUCGAUCUGUUCUCAGACGUUCAUGCAGUCUGUCUAUGGGAUGACAAAGGCCCAGCAAAGAUUCACCAGGCUCUUAAGGAGGACAUUUUAGAUUUUAUAAAGCAAGCCCAGGCGAGGGUGCUCAGUCACCAAGAUGACACGGCCCUCCUCAAGGCUUACAUCGUGGAGUGGAGGAAGUUCUUCACUCAGUGUGAUAUACUACCUAAGCCAUUUUGCCAGCUUGAGAUCACUCUGAUGGGGAAACAAGGCAGCAACAAGAAGUCGAACGUCGAGGACAGCAUCGUGCGGAAGCUGAUGUUGGACACUUGGAACGAAUCCAUUUUUUCCAACAUCAAGAACAGACUGCAGGAUAGUGCAAUGAAGCUGGUCCAUGCCGAAAGACUCGGAGAGGCUUUCGACUCUCAGCUGGUCAUCGGAGUGCGCGAGUCUUAUGUGAACCUGUGUUCCAACCCCGAUGAUAAGCUGCAGAUCUACAGGGAUAAUUUUGAGAAGGCCUACCUGGACUCCACUGAGAGGUUCUACAGGACACAGGCUCCUUCCUACCUGCAACAAAAUGGAGUCCAAAACUACAUGAAAUAUGCAGACGCUAAAUUAAGGGAGGAGGAAAAACGUGCACUACGCUAUUUAGAGACACGACGUGAAUGUAACUCUGUUCAAGCACUUAUGGAAUGUUGUGUAAAUGCACUGGUGACGUCAUUCAAAGAAACAAUCUUGGCAGAAUGUCCAGGCAUGAUUAAACGCAAUGAGACUGACAAGCUUCACCUGAUGUUCUCACUGAUGGAUAAAGUACCCAGUGGAAUUGAACCCAUGCUUAAGGAUCUGGAGGAACACAUCAUCAGUGCUGGCCUGGCUGACAUGGUUGCUGCUGCUGAGACUAUCACGACGGACUCUGAGAAGUAUGUGGAGCAGCUUCUCACUCUGUUCAACCGCUUUAGUAAACUUGUGAAGGAGGCGUUCCAGGACGAUCCUCGAUUCCUCACAGCCAGAGAUAAAGCGUACAAAGCGGUUGUGAAUGAUGCCACAAUAUUUAAGUUGGAGCUACCUUUGAAACAGAAGGGAGUGGGCCUCAAAACGCAACCCGAGUCCAAGUGUCCAGAGCUGCUAGCCAACUACUGUGACAUGCUGCUGAGGAAGACACCACUCAGUAAGAAGCUCACCUCUGAGGAGAUCGAGCUGAAGUUAAAAGAAGUGUUGCUGGUGCUAAAAUAUGUCCAGAAUAAGGAUGUGUUUAUGAGGUACCAUAAAGCCCACCUGACCAGGAGGCUGAUUCUGGACAUCUCUGCUGACAGCGAGAUUGAGGAGAACAUGGUCGAAUGGCUCAGGGAAGUUGGUAUGCCGGCCGAUUAUGUCAACAAGCUAGCUAGAAUGUUCCAGGACAUCAAAGUCUCAGAGGAUCUAAACCAGGUCUUCAAGGAGAUGCAUAAACACAACAAGCUUGCUUUACCAGCUGACUCCGUAAAUAUAAAGAUCCUGAAUGCUGGAGCAUGGUCGCGCAGCUCGGAGAAGGUCUUUGUUUCACUUCCCACUGAGCUGGAGGACCUCAUUCCUGAAGUUGAAGACUUUUACAAAAAGAAUCACAGUGGCAGAAAGCUGCACUGGCACCACCUCAUGUCCAAUGGCAUUAUCACAUUUAAGAAUGAAGUGGGUCAAUAUGACUUGGAGGUCACAACCUUCCAGCUGGCUGUUCUUUUUGCCUGGAACCAAAGACCUAGAGAGAAGAUCAGCUUUGAGAACCUGAAGCUUGCCACUGAGCUGCCUGAUGCAGAGCUGAGACGCACACUCUGGUCUCUCGUUGCCUUCCCAAAACUCAAACGGCAGGUGCUUUCAUAUGAACCUCAAGUGAGCUCUCCCAAAGACUUCACAGAUAGUACAUUGUUCUUCGUUAACCAGGAAUUCUCCUUGAUAAAAAACUCCAAGGUGCAGAAGAGGGGGAAGAUUAACCUGAUUGGCCGCUUACAGUUGACUACGGAGCGAAUGAGAGAGGAAGAGAAUGAAGGCAUUGUUCAACUAAGAAUAUUAAGAACACAGGAGGCCAUUAUUCAAAUUAUGAAGAUGCGAAAGAAGAUCACUAAUGCCCAGCUGCAGACCGAGCUGGUGGAGAUCCUGAAAAACAUGUUCCUUCCCCAAAAGAAGAUGAUCAAGGAGCAGAUCGAGUGGCUGAUUGAGCACAAGUACAUCAAGCGUGAUGAGUCGGACAUUAACACCUUCAUCUACAUGGCAUAGCACUGAGGUUGUUUGUUUGUUUUUUUGUUGCUGGAAAUGCUUAUCGUUCCAAUCAAGAUGAAGACACUGAACAUGCAGCGGCUCAGCAGCGAGAGAGGAGUGCUGACGCAAUGGAGCAACCAAGCUGGCUGCUGAUCUUCUCGUGGAGUGAUGGGCUUGUUUUACACGACAGUCACACACCAGAAUAGCUCGUUUUCAAGAAAAAUCCCUGCCUUACCUUACAGUAAAGAAACCUGAGAUGAGGAUGGGAGAUUUCAAAGGAAAAACAAAACAACAAAAAUAAAGUGAACUAUAUUUUUGCCAACAGGUAGUCAGUAUGCAUGGUGGGUGGUUUGCCUUUUUUUUUUUUUUGUUUUUUUUUUUUUGGUUUUUUGUGAGUGUUGACAUCAACAGCAUGCUGUCGGUGGGAAUGUUUGUCAUCUGAGGACUUGUUUGUGUGUGCUGUGUUUCUGUGUGUGUGUGUGUGUCCUUGUCUGGUCCAGGCUGUGUCCACUCUUCUCCUCUCCAGCUCAGCUCUCAGCCUGGUCCAAAAGCUCACACUGCAGCCACAUGGGAGCUCCGUCACCAGGAUGGUGGACUGGAGCGUUAGCACUUUACGCAUUCUGCCACACAUUCAGCAUGGCCAUGUUCCCGUCAUCUGUUCUGUGUUGCUUUGGUUUCUUUUCUUUUCGAGAACGUGUUAAACUUGGAUAGUCGAUGAUGGCGUGUUAUACUGUAAGGCAGCCAUCUUGAGAUCACAGAAGUUCACUUUACAUUUUCCCCUUUAUUCAUUAUUAUUAUUAUUGACUUCUCUCUGGCCUACACGACGUCAGAUACAGUUGCAGCGUGAUACCACGUCCAGUCUGCAGUGGGGUUUAGUAGGCGUCUGUUCCGUUAUCUGAGUAGUUUUGAUACGACUUGCCCCGGAGAUACCGUUUACUCCUCCUACUACUACUUCUCCUACUACUACUUCUCCUACAUACUAUUUCCGUUGACCUUCAAGCCACUUAAGGACACAUUGGCUUCUUCUUUGCGGUGUUAUUUUUUCAGAGUGUGUCAUUGGAACGGUUCGAUUUCUCGACACGAGUGCUGUACGAGCUCGCACAUUGUCCACGUGGAAGGAUUGAUGUAAUCAUUAUACGGAAAUGAUCUAGGCAAUAUUUUCUAGUGUAUUUCACUUUUACUCACUCAUUUAGGAUCAGCUCCCUAUGACCAGUAUCGUUACUCUGUUUAUACACGAUGUAAUUGUUUUAUAGCAUACCCUCCUCGCACUCUAACAGAUGUGAGCGAUGAGUGAUACUGUUUUCCGUUAUCAGAUUUGAGUGAUAAAUGAUAUUGCUAUAAUUGACUAAAUGGUUGAAAAAAAAAAAAAAACAUUUCUUGUUACCUACAUGGCCUAUUUAAAAUGUUUCACACCAGUCAUUAGUUGGGUUGCAUACACUGACCUACACUAGCAAGUGCUUUAAAGUAUCUUCUUGAUAACUGAGAUCAUAAUGAAAAAUGAUCAUGAAAAAAACAAAGCAUUAAAUAUUACAUAAAGCAACAUUUUGAGAAUUAAAAAAAGAGUGCACGUAUGAUAUUGUUCAAAUCCACGUUUCAGUAUUUAUUUAUUUAUUUUUUUUAAACAGUCCUGAAAAUCAGCCAUGUCUUUUUUUUUUUUUUUUUUUUUUUUUUUUUAAAGUCUACUUUCAAUCUGGAUCGAUAUGCUAUGUGUAGGUUUAAAUAGGUUACAUACAGGGUUUAUUUAUACAUGUUUAUUUCAUUUAAACAUCGUUAUCCUUUGAAAAAUCCUGAGCCGCACGAAUCAACUUGGUAUCAGUACAAUGUGAAAACGAAUGCCCAGUCAGGAAAAGCCGACACAUAGACAAUUUGUAAACAUAAUAAACUGACUCGUCAUUUAUUCACCCUCAGUUAAGCACUUUAUCCAAGUCAGGGUCGUGGUGGAUCUGGAACCUGUCCCAGGAACAUUGGGACGCCAGUCCAUCGCAGGGUCUCGUACACAGACCCAUUCACAGCUAGGAUAGCCAAUCCAGGUGGGAGGAAACCCACACGCCACAGGGGAAGAACACGUGAACUAAAGAAGAGUCAAAACUCUUCUUUUUCUUUUUUUUUUUUCUUUUUUUGGCCAGUGUAAAAUUCAUUGUGUAGUUUAUUUAUUUACUCACAAUUGUUCAGUGAUUUGUUUCACGUUUCCUAAAUUGCAGAUGACGUUUUACAGCGUCUCCUUUUCCACUAGUUUUUGACCGGUGUGUAAUAAUUCUGAUUUGGUUUGGGUUUCCACUUCAUGAAAUUGUUGGAAUUUGGCAUUAAUGGUUUUUUGAAUGUAAGGUUUCCAUUAAGUAGCGUGACACUAAGAAGAUAUUUAAAUUUCUCUGAACUACCUAAUGAGUGAAUGUUUUUUUUGUUUGGUUUUUUUUUAAUCAAACUAUUUUUGCAAGCAUAUUUCUGCCGUUAACAUUUGCAUUUAAAUUUAGAAACAACUAAGCAAAUCUUUACCCAAAGCAAAUACAGGCUGGUUUUUUUUUUGUUUUGUUUUUGUUUUGUUUUUUACAAGAAAGUAGUUCCAGACACGUUGUUUAAUAUUUUUCGGCAUGUUUUAAUAACUUGGUAAUUGUUAAAGUAAAAUCCAUAGUGGAUGUAGCAUGUGGGGCGUGCUGCAGUCGUGCAUUAACGCAAGGACGUGGUGUUUUUAAUGUAGGACGCUGAGAGUCGUGUUGGAUUUGAAGCAGCAGAAGGCUGAAGUCAUGUGUGAUUUUUGAGUUGUGAGGUUCCAACAUUGGAUGCUCUACUGUUAUCCUGUGUGUUAUAGGACCUAUAAGUUAUAAUACAAUAGACCUUGAGGUUGCUUUGGUUGAUCUUGCACCUAAAUCCACAAAAGCACCUUUAUCCAAACCCAGCACUGGUUUUCAGCCCCUUUAUAUCGUAAGAGGUUUCAGAGACUCCGUGUGUGUGUGUGUGUGUGUGUGUGUGUGUGUGUGUGUGUGUGUGUGUGUGUGUGUGUGUGUGUGUGUGUCCGUCCUGUUCACUUUUCUCACACCACCCACUUCAUCCACACGUGAAAAGGCUGCAGCGAAGCAUAUAAUCAGUAUUCAUUUUCUUUCAUGUCUUAAGAUUCGAAUAGAGUUGAACGAACAGUUUUCAGUGUUAAUUUCUGAGUGAGUGAGUGAGUGAGUAAUUUUCUGCACUUGACCGUUUUGUCUUUAGGAGAACGAUAGCAAGAAAUUAAGUAUGCUUAGUUUGAAGCCGCACCCAAAAAAAAUACCCCAUAUGAAUUUACCUAUUAAACAUGCAUUACUGUGUAGGAUCAUCUACGUCUCUUAAGUUGUGCAGAUCUGACGGCUGUAAACAUGAAGACUUGGGUUUUUAAUCCCCCGCUGAAUUCACGUGAAUGUGUGCCACUAUGUGCAGAGAGGGAGUGGAGCUGUGGGGUGCUCGAGUGGAUGUUCAUCGUGCAGUCAGGGUGAACCGGUUUGGUGUACACCAUAUGUUUAUUUCUCUUCAAAUACAUUUUUUAUGUUGUAUAAUUUAUUUCCUUGCAAAAUAAAGAUGUCUUUUAAAGGAG